AUGUCUUCGAUUAAUAACAGUUACGCAAUACGAUCAAAUUACAAUAAUCAACAUGGUAAUAUUAUAGCCAAAGGUGAAUACUGGAAAUGGUUAGCAUAUGUGUCAAGUAGAAAUUAUGUCAAAAAAUGUGGAAAUGUUGAAAAAGAUGGAUUUUUGAAGGCAUAUUACAAUAUUUUGGACAGUGCUCCUAGUUCAAGUUUAUCAAAAAUAAUUGAUAGAUACAUUACCAUUCAAAAAGAAGAGCAUAGAAAAAACUAUGAUGAGAAUACUCAAAAUGAAUUGAGAUUGAAAAUGCUAAUUUCAAAACCACAUUGUUCAACAUCUGUUCUUAAUUAUGUUACUUAUCUUAAAGAAUUUGAUCGGGAGAUUCCAUUUGAAAAAUUACUCAAACAAAUUUAUAAUAUUAAAGAAAAUGGAGGUUAUAAAUUUCAUUUGAAGAAAUUAAAUAUCAAAAGUAUUAAAGAAUUAAUUCGGCAAGUUAAAAAUUUAAAAAAGAAACUUGUUAUGAAUCAAAAAUCAUUCAAAGAGAAGAUUAAAAUCGGUUAA